GGCGAGCGAGUGACUUCUCGUGUCUGUGUGUGCUGGUGUUGGAGACAGGAGAGAGAGACAAAGGCGGACGUGGGAGCAUGGACACACUCUGCUUUGCGCAGCGCGUGAUGAUAGCCGUCCUGCUGCUGCUCCUCUUGCCUGCAACUCUGGGUGCCCAGAGUAUUACAUCGGAGAUCGACCACGACAGUGAAGCGUCCAGUGGGAGCGGAGGAGACGUGCAGCUGCGCUGCGUCUACAAGGGAAGCGUGAUCGUCAACCAGAUAAUAUGGGCGAAGGAAACAAAUCAAGAGCGUGUGUACAUAGCAGUUCGCCUGAAUGAUAUAAGUAUUGUGCAGGAUGAUAAGUUAAAAGGGCGCCUGACUUUCCUUGGCCACGGAAACAACGAUGCCACCAUCUCAAUCCGCGCGCUGCGUACCUUGGACAGCGGCACCUACAUCUGCAGAUUCACGACAACAACACAAGGGACUAAGGAGGCGAAGAUCAACCUCAUCGUGGUCGUGACGCCAGAGGUGAGGUUGGCGUUGGGCCCGGCUCCCCUGGUGUCCGGUGGCAGCAAGUCUCAGCUGGCGGCGACGUGCGUAGCGGCCAACGGGAACCCCGCGGCGAGGGUGGCCUGGACCCUGAAAAACGUCUCGGGAAGCCACUUUGUCUUUGAAGCCCUGAAGGAUGACGCGGGCACCAUCAUCGAUCACAAAAAUGGCUCCAUCAGCGUGAUGCGGGAGCUGCGGUUGGAGCCGACGAAGGAGAUGAACAAAGCGUCGCUCGUGUGCAUCGUGACGCAGCCUGGGAACGGCAAUCGGAUCGAGAAGAUCGUCGCUCUCAAUGUGCACUACAAGCCGGAGGUGACAAUCAGUGGAGUCACUGGCCCCAUGCAAGAGGGAAGCGCCAAGGUCACUCUCACCUGUCUUGCCGAUGCCAAUCCCAGCGCCAAGUACUCGUGGAUGAGGAAUGGUACACAUAUGAAUGGCUCUGACCACAGCACGCUGACUCUAGAUCGUGCUGUGAGUAACUCCGGGAUGUACCGGUGCAUUGCUGUGAACUACGUGGGCUCGGACGCUGGCGAGAUCGAAGUCAACAUCACCUAUGCGCAAGGUCAGCCCACCACCGUGCCAACCAUCAUGCCUCUGCCAGAUGGCAUUGAGCCCUGCGUCAUAGCUGUUGCCACCGUAGUUGCACUCAUGGCGUUGGUGGCCGUGUUCGGAGCUAUUUACUUCUUCCGCAAGAAAGGCAGUCCUGUCACGAACCGCAUGCAACCUCUGGAUGAGAGAAUAAUGAAUUCUGCUGAAACGAGCCCACCUAACCAAGAGGCCAGUCACUACGAGCCUCUCAAGCCGCCUGAAGAGAACGCCUAUGACAAAUUAAACCACCCCAAGUACACGAACGCUUGAAACUGAACACUUCGGGAACGCACGCGUGCACUUAACAACGACAUGCAUUCGCAUGGAAAUCAAAACUCAAGAGCACGUGGUUCAAUCGGAGGUUACAUUUAUUCGGCCAUGGCGA